GCAAUCCACGAAAUCCACGACCAACAGGACACAGAUCGGACUCUUUGCACCCAGUUCGCCACUCCGCGCCGAGAUGAGAGGGUUUACGCUGAAUACAGUUUGCCACUGCGGCUUAUUUGCUUGUCUUAUCCUCCUGUCUUUCGUGUCCUGCACCGGUUCAGUCAGUUUGGAUCUGGCCGAGCUCAGGAAUAAAGUUGCAAAAAUCAAGGUGAAUCCAAGAGGAAAUCUUUGGGCCACAGGACAUUUCAUGGGCAAGAAGAGCGUGAUGGACGCCCCGCUGCUGCCUCCGGCUCAGGGGCCGGCCGAUGACGAUGCGCUGGAGCUCAGCCUCCCCGUGGAGCAGAGCGCCCUCCUGGAGCUUUUCCAUCACUUCCUGCGGGGGGCGUUGCAAGCGCAGGUGGAUACACGGGAGAGGAGCUCGGACAGCCAGGAGGCGGACAUGUUGAUGAAGAUAUUAGAAAGCUACAUCCAACGCAGAAAGUGAGACAGAUGAUGUCCGUCACGCAUGAACACGGGCUGCGGGUCAUCGAACCGGAGGGGGUUAAAAUAACUGCAUUAGACGCAGUGUACAGUCUCCUGCUCAUCACGAUUGUAUUUACUGUAACUGUCUCAUCUGCAAUACACGUAACGGUCCCCCCCAAUGAUAUUUCACUCUGUCUUGUAUUUCAAAAUUAUUUAUAAUAAAUGAAAUCAUUAUUUGCA